CUCUUUAUUACAGUUUCCAUUUGCAUCGCGGGGUCCUCAUCCCCGGUGCCCUGAGGGGAGGUGUACACGCUCCCGGCUCUCAGGGGAGCUGGCGGACCCCCCCCAACCUCAGUAGUCACCCCCACCCCCACGUCUGGCGUGAGAGGGUGGCCUUCCCACAUCCUCUGCUCCGCAGGGAGGAGGGCCGGUUGUCCUUCUGUCUCCUGGGGCUCCUAGUUUGGAGGGCUUCUUGAGCUUGCUAGACAGUGGCCCCCUGGGUUCAGCCAGUUUUUCUUUCUGGGCCUCAGUUUCCCCAUCUGUCAAAGGGGCUCAUGAAGCCUGGGGAGCGAGCAGGUCCUGAAGGUGAAAGGCCUCUAUGCCCCAUGACCUGCAUAAACCUGGAGGGCCCGCCCCGUGUUUCUGUUUGAGGACCAGGAGACUGAGCCUGGCACCCCUGUGUCGCUCUCCUGGAGGCCGUAGGGAGGGUCCCCUGCAGUCACUCUCCUGCCUCGCACCUGUCGGUAGGAGGGGCUCAGGCGAUGUUUGCGCUCUUCUCCGUGCGGCCAUCCUGCCACAAAGGGCCUCAUCUGUCUUGUGUAGAUGAGGAAACCGAGGCCCAGUGAGAGGAAGCCCAGGCUGGGGACCUGGGGUACACCUCGGGCUCCCAGGGCUUGCGCAUGGAUCCUGCAGAGCACUCUGACCCAGUGGGUGGCUCCCCCAGUGGGUUAGAGGGCCCUAGGCUGACCCAGCCAGGCUGCUGAUCGCCAGCUGGGGAAGAGGGCCUGUGGCCAGGCUGGGGCCGCGGCAGGCAGUAUGUCCAGUCUGUAUGAGGAGGAAAGAGGACAGACGGCGUUUGCUUUUGUCGAGGGGAAACUGAAGCCUGAAUGGCCGGUCCCGAGGCUGCUUGGCUGCAGACGGGGUCUGGGCUUGUGCCCAGAACACACAGGGACACUCUGGUUGGCACACACUUGGCCAGCGGCUGGCUCUGCCCGAAGCCUCGGUCUGUCCCACAGAGGAGUGGGCUGGCGAAGGCAGCUCUGAAGUCGGGAGUUGUGGGCCCAGGCCUCAGUUCUGCCUUCGCCUGGUCCUGGGGCAGGUCGGUGGGCCUCAGGGGGGCGCUGGGCUCGUCCAGUGUUGCAAGGCCAUUUGACGCACCUGGCAGAGCUCCAGAUGUCACAGGUGUCUACAUGCUUCAGCUCAUCAACAACCAAGACAGCGACUUCCCGGGCCUGUUCGACCCGCCCUACGCUGGGGGCGGAGCAGGGGGCACAGAGCCCACCAGUCCAUAUGCCAGCUCCCCAGGCAGCCUGUCCCCACCUCCUUCCACGAUGAGCUCCCCACUUGAAGGCUUCCUGGGGGGGACCAAGGCGACAACCCCACCCUUGUCCCCUCCCCAGCCUGCACCCACCCCCCUGAAGAUGUACCCUUCCGUGCCUGCCUUCUCCGUGGGGCCUGCUAUCAAGGAGGAACCAGCGCCCCAGACCACCCUCCAGCCGCUGCCGGGGGCCCUCCUGCCCCAGCGUCUUCCGGCCCCAGCCCCACCGCAGUUCAGCUCUGCCCCUGUGUUGGGCUAUCCCAGCCCUCCUAGAGGCUUCUGCACAGGGACCCCCCCGGGGAGCACCGCGCAGUCGCUGCCUGGCCUGCCACUGGCUGCUCUGCCAGGGGUCCCGCCCGUCUCCUUGCACAACCAGGUCCAGAGUGCGGCUCCCCAGCAGCUGUUGACGGCCACAGCCACCCCGACGGUGGCCCCUGGAACAACCACUGUGACCUCACAGGUCCAGCAGGUCCCGGUCCUGCUGCAGCCCCACUUCAUCAAGGCAGACUCGCUGCUCCUGACGACUGUGAAAACAGACGUGGGAGCCCCCAUGAAGGCGGCAGGCAUCAGCUCCCUGGCCCCUGGCAUGGCUGUGCAGGCAGCGCCCUUGCAGACCCUGGUGAGUGGCGGAACCAUCCUGGCGACUGUGCCGCUGGUAGUGGAUGCUGACAAGCUGCCCAUCAACCGGCUGGCAGCUGGUGUCAAGGCCCCGGGCUCGGCCCAGAGCCGAGGUGAGAAGCGUACGGCCCACAAUGCCAUUGAGAAACGCUACCGCUCUUCCAUCAAUGACAAGAUCGUCGAGCUCAAGGACCUGGUGGUGGGCACAGAGGCCAAGCUGAAUAAAUCUGCUGUCUUGCGCAAGGCCAUCGACUACAUCCGCUUCCUUCAGCAGGGCAACCAGAGACUCAAGCAGGAGAACCUGAAUCUGCGCACCGCUGCCCACAAAAGCAAAUCUCUGAAAGACCUGGUGUCAGCCUGCAGCAGUGGAGGCCACACAGACGUGCCCAUGGAGGGCGAGAAGCCAGAGGUGGUGGACACCCUGAGCCCGCCACCCUCGGACGCUGGCUCACCCUUCCAGAGCAGCCCACUGUCCCUUGGCAGCAGGGGCAGUAGCAGUGGUGGCAGUGGCAGUGACUCAGAGCCUGACAGCCCAGUCUUUGAGGACAGCCAGGUGAAGCCAGAGCAGCUGCCGCCCCCCCACAGCCGGGGCAUGCUGGACCGCUCCCGCCUGGCCCUGUGUGUGCUUGUCUUCCUCUGUGUCUCCUGCAACCCCUUGGCCUCCCUGCUGGGCAGCCGGGGUCCCGCUGGCCCCUCCGAUGCCACCAGUGUCUACCACGGUCCUGGGCGCAGCAUGCUGGGUGCUGAGGGCAGAGACGGCCUUGGCUGGGCCCCGUGGCUGCUGCCCCCACUGGUCUGGCUGAUGAACGGGCUGCUGGUGCUGUCCUCCUUGGCGCUGCUCUUUGUCUACGGAGAGCCGGUCACGCGGCCCCACUCGGGCCCCGCCGUGCACUUCUGGAGGCAUCGCAAGCAGGCUGACCUGGACCUGGCCCGGGGGGACUUUGCCCAGGCUGCCCAGCAGCUGUGGCUGGCCCUGCGGGCCCUGGGCCGACCCCUGCCCACCUCCCACCUGGACCUGGCCUGCAGCCUGCUCUGGAGCCUUAUCCGCCACCUGCUGCAGCAUCUCUGGGUGGGCCGCUGGCUGGCAGGCCGGGCAGGGGGCCUGCGGAGGGAUGGUGCCCUGCAGGUGGACGCCCGCACCAGUGCCCGCGAUGCGGCCCUCGUCUACCACAAGCUGCACCAGCUGCACACCAUGGGGAAGUACUCGGGCGGGCACCUGGCUGCCGCCAACCUGGCACUGAGUGCCCUGAACCUGGCCGAGUGCGCGGGGGAGGCCAUGUCCGUGGCCACGCUGGCUGAGAUCUAUGUGGCCACCGCGCUCAGGGUCAAGACCAGUCUCCCCCGGGCCUUGCAUUUUCUGACACGCUUCUUCCUGAGUAGCGCCCGCCAGGCCUCCCUGGCACAGAGCGGCUCAGUGCCUCUUGCCAUGCAGUGGCUCUGCCACCCUGUGGGCCACCGUUUCUUCGUGGAUGGUGACUGGGCCGUGUGCAGCGCUCCGCGGCACAGCCUGUACAGCGUGGCCGGGGACCCAGUGGACCCCCUGGCCCACGUGACUCAGCUAUUCCGUGAACAUCUCUUGGAGCGAGCACUGCAUUGCCUGGCCCAGCCCAGCCCCGGCCCCGGAUCAGCCGAUGGGGACAGGGAAUUCUCCGAUGCCCUCGGGUACCUGCAGCUGCUGAACAGCUGUUCUGACGUGGCCGGGGCUCCUGCCUGCAGCUUUUCCAUCGGCUCCGGCAUGGCUGCCACCGCCGGCACAGACCCGGUGGCCAAGUGGUGGGCCUCGCUGACGGCUGUGGUGACCCACUGGCUCCGGCGGGAUGAGGCGGCGGCCGAGCGGCUGUAUCCACUGGUGGAGCACCUGCCCCGCGCCCUGCAGGAGUCCGAGAGACCCCUGCCCAGGGCGGCUCUGCACACCUUCAAGGCUGCCCGGGCCCUGCUGGGCCGUGGGAAGGCAGAGUCUGGCCCGGCCAGCCUGGCCAUGUGUGAGAAGGCCAGUGGGUACCUUCAGGACAGCCUGGUCGCUACACCAGCCGGCAACUCCAUUGACAAGGUCAUGCAGCUGCUCUUGUGUGACCUGCUCCUUGGGGCGCGCACCAGCCUGUGGCAGCGGCAGAAGCCGCCGGCACCCUCCCAGGCCUCACCGGGCCCAGGCAGUGGGGCCCAGGCCUCUGCCCUCGAGCUCCGUGGCUUCCAGAGGGACCUGAGUGGCCUGAGGCGUCUGGCACAGAGUUUCCGGCCUGCCAUGCGGAGGGUGUUCCUGCAUGAAGCCACUGCCCGGCUGAUGGCAGGGGCCAGCCCGGCGCGGACACACCAGCUCCUGGACCGCAGCCUGAGGAGGAGGGCCGGCCCCUGUGGCAAAGGAGGCACGGCAGCGGAGCUGGAGCCGCGGCCCACGAGGCGGGAGCACGCGGAGGCGUUGCUCCUGGCUUCCUGCUACCUGCCUCCCGGCUUCCUGUCGGCGCCUGGGCAGCGAGUGGGCAUGCUGGCCGAGGCGGCACGCACGCUCGAGAAGCUCGGUGACCGUCGGCUGCUGCAUGACUGCCAGCAGAUGCUCAUGCGCCUGGGCGGCGGGACCACCGUAACCUCCAGCUAGACCCCCGCUGGCGGCCCAGCCCCAGCGCCCCUGUUUCUGUCUCGACGGCCGAGGGCAGCGCCGGAGACCCGGGGUCCAAGGCUCGCCCACGGAGUGCACUGUCCCUGGAGGGCUGGAGACCCUCGGGAACUUCCGCACUUGACCUUGGGGCCUCCCCAGCCCGCUCCAGCCCUCGAUGAGCGGCGGCCGGGAUGGUGCUGGCCCCUGGUGGCCGGCCGGGGGAUUGCCGGGGCCUGGCCGCCGCCGGGGGGUCAACUGUUACGCCCGCCGCCGCGGAUCCUGGGCUUUCCCUCUCCGUCCAGAGGGAAGAGGGGUGCGUCUCACUGAGCCGAAGGGCCCUGCCCCCGGCGCCUCCCUCCCAUCUGGGGAGACCUGUGCGUAGUGUAGAUCGUGGUGCGCCAGGCUCCUGGCCUCUGAGGUUCCAAGUGUUACUUUGCCUUUUGCAAACUUUAUUUUCAUAGGUUGAGAAGUUUUAUACAGAGAAUAAAAAAUGAACUUAUUUAUAAUCUGGGUUUUGCUCCUUUGGGGAGAGGUGUGUGUGCUAACCAGAGGGGAUCCUUUGAGCCAUCCGUUCCCCCAGCACCCAGGCAAAUGCUUCCCAUCCCUACCUGCCCUUCGGUUUGGGAGGCCCAGCUUUAUUCUCUCCAGCUGACUUGGGUCCCACUGAUCACGGGGCCGCACGUUUGGGCUAUAUCAUCUCCUAACCCUUAGGGCUCAUAUGGUCUCAGCUGUGCCUCCUUGCCUCCUCUCCCAGCUUCUGCCCCCUUCAGGUCCCGGGAUGACAUGGGAGGACAGCUCCAUGUCUUUGGGGAUCUGUUGUGACAGCAGGAGCUACAACCUGGGUCUCCCCUGUGUGUCUGGGUGUCAGUCUCACCUGCCUGACCCCUGUCCCCUUCCCGGAGGUCACGUGGGUGUGGCUGGGCAGCAAGGGCUUCUUUCCUGAACCUGCAGUAAGGUCCCCAGAGCCCUCCCCUCCCCUCCCCUCCAUUCCAACCUCUCCCCCAGAGCCUGGCCCCUCUCCCAGCAAAAUCUGGUCAGAAUCCACGGGCUGCAGAAUUCCAAAACAAUCGUUGUAUCUUUAUUGACUUUUUUUU